AUGUCUAAUCCUGUAAUAGUAGUACAACCUUCUAUUUUACCCGUAAAUCAAUUAUUACACGAAAAAUGUAAUUCGCCAGAUUUUUUAACAAAUAACAUAUGGAAAGUAGCAUUUUCACCAUGCUCACAAUAUUUGGCUAUACCAAAACAAGAUAUUGAUGGUCAACAUUGUGUUCUUGUCGUCUAUUGUUCUGAUUGGCAUGCAAAAAAUGUCACUGAAAGUACUAUGCGUAUACACAAUCAGUUCAAUUGUACAGCUGCAAUAUGGUCAUUAGCAUUCGGUCAGAGAACAUCAAAAUCAAAUCUACCCAUAGACCUACGUCUAUUUGAUACGAGCACUUUAUCAACAUCAAUAGCACGACGUGGAUCACUUGAUCGACGUUCAAGCUUAUCUGUAGUUAAUCGUCGAUAUGAUUUUAGUAAAAACUUAUUUCUUGCUGCUGGUCUAGCCAGUGGGAAAAUCGAAAUUUGGAAUAUUGAUACUGGUGAAUUAAUAUUAGUACUUAAAGAUCAUCAAUUAACUGUAUGUGGACUAGAUUUUACAUCAUGUACGAUGCAAUUAGCAUCAUGUUCAUAUGAUACAACUAUUAAAUUAUGGGAUCUAUUUGAUGAUGGUAAUAUGUAUAAAACAUUAAAUGAAUGGACUCAUGCCAUCAAUACAGUAAAAUGGUCACCAGAUGAAACGAUUCUAUGUGCAGUGGGACCAUAUGAAUUAGUUGUUUUAUUUAAUACGACAACAUGGAAAGAACUAUUUCGACUAGAUGGACAUUUACAUACUGUUGUUGAUUGUGCAUUUUCAUCAGAUAGCGCAUUUUUAGUAACUGCUUCUUAUGAUACACGCGUUUUAAUGUGGUCGACAACAACAGGCGAAAUUCUAAAAGGAUUCGCACAUAAAAUUCCAAAACCAUUAAAAAUCUAUGCUGGCGGUGAUAACGGUGCAUUUGUUCGAUCUGUUGCUAUUACAAAGUCUAAUCAGUUUUUAAUUACUGCAUGUGAUGAUAACAAAGUACGCUGGUUUCCUUUACUCUCCGAUCAAUCUUCAAAUAUGAUAUAUGAACAAACAGAACCCAAUGUUCUUCAUGUUGCAACCACGCCUAACGGCAACACUAUGGCCGUCAGUAAUCGUAAUGGUGAAGUUCAUCUGUUUUCAACUCUCUCCACAAUAUCUACGAAUCAACCAUUAUCAUUGAAAUGUUUUUGUCGAUCAGCAAUAAACACUUAUUCUGGGGUCAAACGAAAAGAUCUUUUGAACUUACCAAUAAUGCGUCCAUUGAUUAAUUAUGUUUUAUAUAAAGAUAUAUGA